UUUCUUCGUGUACAGUGAGGUAGUACGCAAACUACUUAAUCAUGCUCGUACACAACGAGGGUUGUUGUCUUCCUAUUAUCCGUUUGUGUGCUCGGUAGCUACUAAGCUUACCAAGAAUGACAGUGCCAAUUUUGGAUAAAUGCUUCAAGCGGAGAAACUGAAUAGUUAUUUUUUACGACCAUCUAAAAUAUGCCAACCCGAGUUAUCGCUGUGCAAGUAGCUAGAAGGUACAGGUUAGCGAACAUUGGCUACAUCUCGACGGGGUUUUCUCCUUCCCUUGUCUGUCUCGUCUGUUCUUGUUGAGGCUGGAUAGUGAUUUAGUAAUUCAUUAGCUAGCUAGUCAUUAAGUUCAAGCUCGUGCCCAGCCAGAAUAGGAUGAACUGGCUUUUCCCCUUAUCCAAGGGUUCCGGACCUCUCCCACCUCUAAAUAGCUUGCAGCAACAAAGACAACGGCAGAUCGAGUCUCUCAAAGCUGCCCACUCCAGCUUAGCAGAGAUCCAGAAAGAUGUGGAGUACAGAAUCCCUUUCACAGUCAACAACUCAACCAUCAGCGUCAACAUCUUGCUUCCGCCUCAGUUUCCCCAGGAGAAACCAGUAGUCAGUGUGUACCCUCCAGUAGGACAUCACCUGGUAGACAGCAACAAUGGCACCAUGGUUACCAGCCCCCUCAUUACCAAUUUUGGAAUGCACUCAGAUCUGGGCAAAGUCAUCCAGAGUCUCCUGGAUGAGUUCUGGAAGAGUCCACCGGUCCUGACGUCUGGCCCCACCGGCUUCCCUUAUAACAUGUACAAGCCGUCGGGAAUGCCUCCCUACCCCACACAGAGCUUCCACUACGGGCUGUGCCCCGUGGGCCCCACCCCUCCUCCCAUGCCCCACGCGGGUGUAGAGGGAGCUCACGGUCACUGCCCUCCCUGGGCAGCAGCCCCUGUCUACGGCCUCAUCACCGACCUGCCUCUCCCUGUACCCACCGCAGACUCCCAGGCUGGGUUGAACGGCCACAUGUACAAGAUGCCUGAGAUUCCUGAAACAUUUCCUGAGCUGUCUGAAAUGAGUGUGUCCCAGCUGAAGGACAUGAGUGAGCAGGAGGACGUGCUGCUGGAGUUGUUUGUGUGUCUGCCCCAGCUCAAACAGGUCACCACUGACAAGGAGGAGCUGGUCAACAGCAUCGUGGACAUGGCCAAGAAGAACCUGCAGCUGGAACCUCAGCUGGAGGGGACAAGACAAGAAAUGCUGUUCAAGUACGAGCAGCUAACCCAGAACAAAUCGGCCUUUGAGACCAAGAUGCAGAGACAGCAUGACAUCAGUGAGGUGAGGUGUUCCCUGCACUAAACACACACGUGAUGA